UCCUCUCUGGCAUUAGUUUUCAGAUCUUACAGUGUGGAGUAUGGACUGGACGCUGCUUAUCCUUCUGGUUGUUCCGACCGUGGUCCAUGGGAACCCGACAGUGACUGUCAGAACUGGGUCAGGACCACCAGUGGGGUCUGAUCAACACCCAAACAGUGUUCCUCUGAGCGAGGACACACAGACAACUACAGAGGUGAGGGAGGUGGUGGUGGAGGAAGUGAUGACGACUGGCGUGCUGAACCCAAGUCACUACCCUGCCCGCCGGGCAGCCACGGUGGUCCAACACUACCUGAACACCCGCUACGGCUCACCCUACAGGUGGAUAUUUCUCAGCAAAGUACACAGCGGCAGCGCAGAGGAUGUGGCAGAGAUGAGGAAGUAUCAACUGGAGCUUACCAUGCAGGAAACUAUCAGUAACGUUUCGGGGCAGUGCUCUGCAGAGCUCCUCUUUCCAGGGGGAGAGGGACAGAGUGCUCCCCAGGUCCAGGCCUCGUGUGAGGGAUUGCUUCAAAGCAACACCACGGCUCAGGAAGAGGCCUUCUACCAGCAACAUAGAGCCAGCAAUAACAUGGUGUCAGGAACCGAUAUACCAGACAGCUACGGUCACAUGGAGCCCAGCAUGAAGCCCUUCUGGCACCUUGGGGGUGUGGCCUCUAGUUUCAUCAUGCUGAGGGAGUCCAAUGAGAGCACGCUUUACAACAUGGCCCAGGUGGCCAACUUCACACAGCUGGAGACUGAGAAGGACCAGCUGAGGUUCAACUACCAUGUCCUGCUGCAUGAAAUGAUUUCCCAGGAGAUCAUCCACUGGAAGCUGCUAGUCACCUGGUCCCCAGAACAGGGUGUUAAAGUCCUGCAGAGUGAGCUGCAGCCAAAGUGCCACGACUGUGAGGCUCCUCCAAACACCACCAACUGAGAUACACACACGGCAAAAUACUCCUCAGCCUUAUUCAAGUGCUGCAAAGAAAAGUAUAGCACAUCUUUCUUAGGACUUGAAUGAAGGGUAAAAGCCACUUUCUACCUGCUUUGAAAAGCUGUUUUACACAUCAUACUUGUCUUAGCUUUAGUAAUGUUUACCUUCACCACUACUGCUUCAGAGGAGAGGAUAGGGCACACGUGCGCAGUGCGAAUGCACUGCUUUUACGGUGUCAGCUUGUAAGACUCUUGGUAAGAUUUACAAACAUGUUAUAAGCUUUUUCUGUUAAUAUACUCUAUUGAUGAAGUGAAGGGGUCCAAUAAAGCCAGGGCCGGCCCUCCCAUUAGGAAAGAUUAGGCCGCCUCCUAUGGCGGCACUUGAAUUUGAGGCGACAUUUUGACAAUGAUUGGCUACUACACCGCCCGCGGCACCCCGGCCAUCAGUUCAUAGUGUUGCUGCAGUUCCCGCCCUCCGGCGCCUCUGAUUAGCUACUACACCACCCGCAGCACCCCGGCCAUCAGUUCAUARYGUUGCUGCAGUUCCCGCCGUCCGGCGCCUCUGAUUGGCUACUACACCGCCCGCGGCACCCCRGCCAYCAGCUCAUAGYRUUGCUGCAGUUCCCGCCCCCACCCCAUUCCCGCUUCUCCCSAAGUUCACUCCCACUAUCCUUGGUAGCUAUGGUGAUGUGUGUGUUUAUAUGGGAUUAUCCAAUUGUGAAACAUUAAUAAAAAUUAAUCUGCCAAAUAAA